UCACUUGAAUAUUCUCCGUUAGCCACCAUGCCCCGAACCACUAGGAAAUCGCUCAAAGUGCUGCAGCACACAGCAUCAGAUACAGAAAAUUUGGUGGGAAGACCAUCAAAAACAUUAAAACAUCAACUGACUCAAGAAACUCCUGUAGAAGUUGAAGUUAAGAGGAAGAAUCUGUCCAAAGAGAAAGAAACCCAAGUGAAUCUGGAAAACAAGAUAACUGCCGACGAUCUCACUAAUCCUGAUGGACCGUCCACCAGAUAUUGGCAAAUACUAGCUGAGAAGAGACAAGUGGCAUUGCAAGAAAUGUAUGAGGAAAAUGAAAAGCUUCGUAAGAUGUGUGAAGAUCUCAAACAAGACCUCGUCCGAAACCAGCAGCUGUUAGAUGAGGCCAAUAGUUUUGUUGAAGUUAUUAAGGAGGAGUUAGCAAACGCUGGUACAGAUGACACAGGGAUAGAUGUCAACGACGUCAGCACAGCUGAGGAGACUGCGGAAGACGAAACGGAUCUAGACGCAUCCAAAGAUCAAUAAAUAUAUUAGCUUAGUACUUAAUAUUAAUGGCUGGUUAUGCAGUGCAAGUUGCAUGAAUUAGGAAUUGUCAACUAUUGCAUCUUAUAUACCCAGUGGCACAGAGAUGUUGGAGUAACGGAGCCAACUGCCUCGUGCAAGCGAUAUUGUAAAUUGAAAAAAAAUACAAAUGUGCACAUCUCAUAAACUCAUUAGUCAAAAUUUAAAAAAAAAAAUCUUUUAGAAACCUGCAGUAAUGUUGGCCUCCCUCGGUUUGUCAUUUCUUUUCAAUUUUCUUUUCUUGGUAGUUCCAUACAAAACCAACCUGGAUGUGAAAUGUUUAUCAACAAAUUAAAAACUGAGUUGUAAAUAAAUAGUAAUUUUAUAUUAAUAAUAAAAUUGUUGACAAAUUUCAUUAAAACAGCUUAGAUAAAUUAUUAAACAGUUAAUAUCUUUUAAAUAACAUUUUAUGAAAAAAAAAAAAUACUAUGUUCAUAAUUUUCAAUAAAUUUAGUACAAAAAUUACAUGUUUUCUACCUUAAUUUUUUAUUUGUUUGUUGACAAACAUUAAACAUUGAUUAGGAUUUUAUUAUUGCAAUAAAUCUUGUUUUCCAAUAUGCUAUGUAAAUCAGGACUAUUCCAUAAAUUAUUUAAAGUAACAGUUGAAACAAUUAUGUUAGUGGAAAAUUUCAGUGUGCCUUGUGUGACUGAAAUGAAUUAAACCCAUAACUAUGCCACUUAAUACCAAUUUUUCGACUAGGCAAUUAUAUUAUCAAACUACUGUCAUAAUGUCAAUUAUAGUAGGGGAGCCCGAGGUGCUAAAUUUGCAGUUACUAAAGCAUUUGGUAGAUUAAAUGGUUAUAUCCUUUUUUCUAUUAUAGAGGUGGAAAAAAAACUACAGACUUUAAAAACAACUUUUUACUUUGGCUUAUUGAAAUCGUCAGAAAACAUGAGCGAUUAUUCAGGAGAUUAUUUCACUCAAAAUAAGUAAAAAAAUUACCCGCGCUCGUGGCUCGAUAACAGAAAAAUAAGGGUUUUAUUUUGUAACUUUGGUACCCUCUCAUUGCAUUGCGUUACGCUCAAAUCAGAUUUUCGAAAUGCACACCUUUUAGCUAUUAACUCACCUACCUUAUCUUAAUCUGACUUGCUGGUUGAGUAUUUCCGAAGUUAGUUUUUUUUGGUUGCCCUAAACAUACCACUAUUAUGGGCUCAUACUUGGAGGUACUCAACAACGUGCAAGGUAUAGUCCCUUAUGUUUAUCUGCUGCGCUCGAGUAACUGCAAAAAUCCCCUCUUCGGCUCCCCUACUAUUAGUAGUGUAGUUAAUUACAAUUCCUAUCAUAUAAUGCAUCAUGUCUCAUAUACUGCACUGUAUAAUUCAGUCAAGUGUUCCUUUAGACUAAAAUGCUGUCACAUGGCUUUGUUUUUUGAAAAUCCUAUAAUGAGCAGGAUCUUUUGUUAGCGUAUUCUUUUUUCACAAUUAAUGUAAGGUGGUAUUUUGUUUAAUAUUCUGUGUGUUAGCUGUUAUUUUCACUUAUUAACUUAGGAUCAGUUCUGAUAAUUUUCUACUUCUAUUAGAACUGUUUACCUAUUACUUGUACCUACACAGCUAGCUGAUAUGAAAGUAAAAAUAAUAUGUUCAAUUUAGCUUCAUAUAAUUAGUUUUUAUUUAAUGUAAUGAUGUAGUUUUUGUUUAGCUUUCAUAUUUAUUUUUAGUGUUACGACCACGUCAUAAUGCUUUAUCAAAAUAAAUAUUUUUAUUAAUAUUGAGCCAUUCUUAUAUGCCACAUUUGAUUUUCUUACAUAAAUCAGUAUUCUGUCAUUUUAAAUAAUUAUGAGUUACAAUAUUUUGUUAGUAAAGUUUCUUAUGACUAGCUGAUGCCGCGCGGUUUCACCCUGUGGUUCCCGUUCCCGUAGGAAUACGGGGAUAAUAUAUAGCCUUAACUUUCCUUGAUAAAUAGGCUAUGUAACACUGAAAGAAUUUUUCAAAUCGGACUAGUAGUUUCUGAGAUUAGCGCGUUCAGACAAAAAACCAAAUUCUUCAGCUUUAUAAUAUUAGUAUUGAUGAGUUGUAACCAUUGUUACAAAUAUUCAUAAACAUAUAUUAAGAUUUUAACCUACAUUUUCUUUGAAGUAAAGACUAUCACUACUUUGGCGAAAUUUGAGAUUUAAAUCCUUAUCUAUGUUUAUAAAGAAGGCUAUCAUAGUUUAGUAAACAUCUACCGAAACUAAUUCUAUCUUUUACUAAGCUAUCUAUAACUAAUCACUUUUAAUUUUUUUGUUUUUUAACAUUGUUUGUUAGUUCACAUCUCAUCUACAAAAUAUGAAAAAUGUAAUUUUAUUUUUUAAAUGCAAAAAAUAAUUGCAGCUGUCAAAUGUCGCUCAUAAAAAUGGCUUUACUUUAACUUUAUCAAAAAUAAUUAAAAAUUAAUAUAAGGUAGUUUUAUAAUCAAAAUGGUUAUGAACACCAGACUUAUUUAAAAAUUAAUAAAGAUAUUCUUUAAAUAAAA